GCGGCUGCGGCUGCGGCUGCGGCUGCUGGGAGGAUGACGACGGCGGGAGGGCAUGCUGCGGAGGGUGAUGGUAGCCGCCGCCAGUGUGGUGGUGAUGGUGAGAGGGGUGAUGGUGGUGGUGGUGGAACGCAUGGCCAUCAGCAUGGUCGUGGGUCUGGUGAUGGGGAUGGGCGUGCUCGAAGCUCUGGCCCUCGAGGAGGUGGUAGGGGAACACUUCGCCAGCAUGGAAGGCCGAGUGGUCGGGCCGCUGGUAGUCGUAGAAUGCCAUGGAAGGCAGCGACGAGCUCAGGAGCAGCGGGGGGCCACCAGCACCCUCACCAGCACCAUGGCUGCCGGCAGCAUCAUCAGCACCCUCCUCGUCGGCGGGGAGGGGGGGGAUGGCGGUGUGGAGGGGAGAGCGGUGGAUCGGGAUACUGUCAUCGAAGAAGGUGGUGGAAUUGCCGGUGGGGAGAGAACCAUCAAGAGAUGGAGGCGGCAAUGGCGGGACCUCGUCGUUGUCAAUCAAGAGUCGAAGCGGCCAGGGCGCCGAAGCAGAAGGUGGCAGAGGGGGCACCGGAGCGACGGCCGCCAACGGCGGAGGAGACAGGGGAGCGGCGACGGCGCCAGAGAGCGAGAGCGGCGGUAUCGGAGGAGGCGAGGGUGCAUGCACUAUCAAAGCAGGAUCCGGCGGGUCCGUUGAUGCGGGUAGGCAGGCGCGCUCCGCUCCUCGGGAUGACCAUGCGGGAGGAACGGUACGCCGAUCCGGCGGCGAGUUCAAAGUGCCGGUUGCCAUCAGGGGAGCCGAAUGGCAAAGCGGUGCCGGGGUUGGCACGGGCGAUUCGAGCAUUGCAGGGGUGCUGCAUGGCGAGAGGAAGGGGGUGGUAGCGGUCGAAGAAGGGAAGGCGCAGAGACCGAGCGUGGUGUCGGUGGUCUCGGCGGCGGGGAACAGGGAGGAGAGGAGGGAACCGGCGGAGGAGGGGGAGCUCAGGGCGGGCUCGGGAAGAGGCAGGAGGCACGGGGCGGCGUCCUGCGCGGAGAGAGCAAUCACAACCGAGUCGAGGUGCUCGAACUCGGAGGGGCAAGAAGGGCUGGUUGGGUGGAGAGAAGGGAGGGGGCUCUCGAGGAAGGAGAGAGACAGGGUGGUGCGCGAGAGGCGGCGUCGAUGGAGGGCUCGACGCUCGAAGGGCGACUGAGCGUGGGUGAGCAGGGGGGGGGGGGGGGGGGGGAAGCGGGGCGAGCGGAG